AUGUCUUCUAAGACACCCCCGAAGAUUAUUCUCGGCACUCAUACUAUCGGCGAUAGUACAAAAGCCUCGGUCACAACCUUCGAUAGUGAAGAAGACGUCCAAGCCCUUCUUGAUGCGUUUUACAAUCAAGGUUAUACCCAUCUCGACACCGCUCAUGAUUACUCUUUGAAUGCGCCGGGAACCAGCGAAGAACGACUCGGUCGAGCUGUGGCAGCCUCUCGGUUUACCAUUGACACUAAGGUCCAUAGUGGCCAUCCAGGGGACCACCUACCCUCGAAUAUCGAGCUGAGCGUUUCGAAGUCGCUGAAAGCUCUCAACACUUCCGCCGUGGAGACCAUGUUUUUACACGUUCCUGAUCGCCAUACACCCUUUGAGGACACCGCGAGGGCGAUGAACGAUGCUCACCAACAAGGAAAAUUCAAGAAUUUUGGCCUGUCUAAUUACGCUGCUGCUGAAGUGAAGAGAUUCAUCGAGAUAUGCGAAGAAAAGGGGUACAACAAACCCAGCAUAUAUCAGGGACAUUACAACGCGCUCGUCAGGGGCGGCGAGAAAGAGCUGUUCCCACUCUUACGCGAACACAGAAUGGCAUUUUAUGCUUACAGCCCUGCGGCGGGCGGCUUCUUCUCGGGCCAUGCUGGGAACUCCAGUCGGUGGAAAGGCGACAAUGACAUCGCGAAACUGUACAGCUCGUCGUAUAGCAAGGCUCCUGUCCAAGCUUCGUUGGCCACCAUUCAAAAUCUGGCUGAUAAAUAUGGCAUCAACGGCCACGAAGUUGCGUUGAGAUGGACGGUGUUCCACAGCAUGUUGGAUGGGAAGCAGGGCGAUGGUGUGAUAUUUGGAGUUUCCAAGAUUGAGCAAUUGCACAAGACUCUGGCUGCAAUCGAGUCCGGUCCCCUUCCUGUUGAGAUCGCUGAUGCCGUUACCGCCAUCUACGCUGCAGUGGAGGGCUCCGAACCCCCUUAUCAUCUUUAG